UGUCAACUUGAACGCCUAAAUCAGUAAAUGCAGGCUGACCGGGCCCUACCGACCCGCUUGUCUGUUCCCACCAAAUCGCGCUCGUGAUUUGUUCACAGGGGACGCUUGUGUUAUCUAACAAAAUUAGGAAACGAAGAAAAAACCCACCACAACGUACUACAGCAACAUCUGAAAAUCAACUAUGAGACAUCAAAAAUCAAAUGAUGAAACAUCUCGAAUCACGCCCCACAACAUCAGAAAUCAACGAUGAAACAUCUCGAAUCACACCCCCGACAUCAGAACUCAUCCACCGCAACAUUUUUUCUGUUAACGAUUGCAACAUCAAAAGCUCACCCUGGGUUGAGCUCGUCACCACGAAACAUCGAAUCUCAAUAGCCGCAACAUGCCAGACAAGCUACUGCAACAUCGAAAAUCCUCAGUACAAUCCGGUUGACCUGCGAAGGAGCUCACAGCCACCAUCGAAGAGCUUGCCGCUUGCGUGGCUAGCUGUGGAGGAGUUCAUCGAAUACGGAGGACUGUGGCGCCGCCGCCGACCUCGUGCAGGGCGGGGGUACGCCACCGGCGACCUCGCCUGAAGGAUGGUCGCGCGCGGAGGUGCUGCACAACCCCCACAGCUCCCACGAGAGCUCGUUUGUGGAGUGAGAGGGAGAGAGAGAUGACCGAGAGGCUAAAGGGGAAGGGGUGGAAGGAUAAGGUUGCUGGCUGGGUACUACAUAGUUUGUUCACUCCAGCGGCGGUUCGAACGAACGAUUCAUUCCAAUCCAAUUUCUUUUCGUCCCCGAGACCUACCCCAGAUCCGCUGGCGGUCGGGGAACCCAACCGCACGCACGGCUCCCGGCUCCAGGCCCCGGCGACGGCACGAUGCGGCGGCAGCCAUUCUCCCGCCACGAUGGCUUCUUCGCCUCACUUCAGCGGGUGGAGGACCGGCUGGCCUCCGAGCAGCAUCAGGAGCAGAAGCGGGACCCGGCGCCACCGCCGCCGGCGGCAUGCCAACCCGAGCCGGCGCCGUUCUCGGACACCAUGACGACCGCGUCCCCGCUGCUCCUCCUCGACCCAGCACCGCCCAGCGUGGCCGCAAGCCGCGACAGCAGCGGCCCGGCGCUGGACUUCCUCACCGCCCUCACCGAACAGGACGCGCGCGUCCAGCAGGACGACGACGACGACAAUGGCGGCGGCGGUGUCGAGGAGGACAUUGCGCGGCUCAUGGCGCUGCUAGGCCUGUCGCCACCGCCACCGGACGGCGACGGCGACGGCGGGUGCGACGCUGAAGGCGGCACGGGCGGGUGCGACUGCAGCGGCGCCGACGGGUUCCUGGCCAAGGUCGUCGGCGUGGCCGGCCCCAAGUGCGACGGGGAGAACCGGAGGCUGGACGCCUGGAUCCGCCAUUAUUACCACCGUGGGGAAGGCGGCGGGUGCCGGGUCAGGGAGCCUGCGAGGCUGGCGCACCUGCUGCUUGCCAGGGCCUCCAGUGACGCGGCGGCGGUCGCGUCCCCGCCCACCGUGGAGGACUUCCUCGACCGCUAUCCUAAAUAGGGGGGCCUCUCGCGAAUACAUUCAGCGCCACGGCGGCGACGAAGAGGUGCUGCCGCCGGUCGCCGGAGACCCCAUCGCCACGCCACCACCACCCAUCAAUCGCAGCAUCGACAUCAGCAUCGCAAGCGUAGCUCCUUUGGCACUGCCCAACCAUCGUCCGGCUCGAGCCACCGCCACCGCCUUCAACGGGUGGGGAGCCGCUCUGGCGGCGCCGCGGCGAGACCGACGCCAUCGUGGACAUAGGAGAAAGAGACGACCGCGAGAGAUCAUGGGAGGCGAGCGGAGGGACUGCCUGCGGACUGACUCUCAUCAUCACACUGGCGGAUUGGCCUGUCCUCGAUCCUCGAUCUGCGACAUAAACAGGCUGAUCGAAGCUCCUAGUGAUGGAGAAAGCUAGCUCUGCUCCGGUCGUCUCGCCUUUUGUCAAUCAGCACAAUGAAACACCGAGUCAUGUAUUCUUAGAUCCAGAUGAUGAGGCAACAUGUUCGAUUGAAAUUGGUGCCAGCGCUUCAUCUUUUCCCCAUUCAAAUCAGUUGAACCAUGUAUUCCGAGAUAUUUGAUAUUUGGGAUCCAAUUCGGGAGCCUUUCAAGAUUUGACACUCAUAUCACAAUGAUAUGUGGGGUCAAUCUGAGUCACUGGCGUAUGGGUCAGGGUGUCAAAUCUUGAAAGGCUCAUGAAAUUUCUCAUGUAUUCUCACCUUUUGCGUCC